GAAAGCGAAACAAGCUAAAGAGAAGGUUCCCAGCUAGGCAAAAGGAACUUUUCUCUAAUAAAUACAGCGAGCUCGGAUCAAAGUCUAGAAGUCAAACACUCCUUCUCCAUCUUCUACCCAGAAAUCCAUACAAUCAACGAUUCCAUCUUGCGGUUUUCUCUGGCCGAUUACCGUCCUAUCACCAAACUGCUUCGAUGACGACCCCGGCUCCGAUCGACUUCAAGAAUGCCAUCGCAGUGGCCAAGGUGGUACUGUCCGCCGCGGCCUCCGUGACGGCCACGGCCGUGGUGGUGCAGUCCAUGGUUCACACGAUCGUCCCCCGUGAACUCCAGUACUUCCUCUUCUCCAGGAUCCGCAGCUUCUUCUCUCGCUUCUCCAAUGAAAUGACCAUGGUCGUCGACGAGUAUGAUGGGUUUGUCCAAAACGAGUUCUUCAAGGCGGCUCAGGUGUUCUUGGCUGCCAAGCAAUCCCCUUUGAUCAGGCGCAUUCGAGUGUCCAAGCCCGCCAAGGAGAACCACUUCACUCUGGCUAUGGACCGAAAUCAAACGCUGGUGGAUACAUUUCGUGGGGUCGAACUCAAGUGGGUUUGCGCGUCGAGACAGGUCAAGUCGGGCUACCAAGUUCAUCACGGCCAUAGCUCGAGAGUUCAGUACGAAGUUCAGUACUUCGAGCUCACUUUUCACAAGAAACACAAGGAGAUCGUGCUCGGUUCCUACCUGCCUUUUGUCGUCAGCGAGGCCAAGUCCAUGAAGCAGGGGAAGAAGAUGCUGAAGCUACACACUCCGAGCUUCGACCGUGUCUAUGGCGUUUUUUCCUCCACAGGUCCUCUCUCGGAUGCGUGGGCCUCGGUGAACCUCGACCACCCGGCGACAUUCGAGACGCUGGCCAUGGACCUAGAGCUCAAGAAGGUGAUCAUGGACGAUCUCGAGAGAAUUGUGAGGAGGAAGGAGUACUACAGGAGAGUUGGUAAGGCGUGGAAAAGAGGGUACUUAUUGUACGGACCCCCUGGCACAGGGAAAUCGAGCCUGAUCGCGGCGAUGGCCAAUUACUUGAACUUUGACAUAUAUGACCUAGAGCUCAGCGGGCUCCGGAGUAACGCCGAGCUCAGAAGGCUGCUUGUUGCCACCACGAAUCAGUCCAUAUUGGUGGUCGAGGACAUCGAUUGCACCAUUGAGUUGCAAGAGAGGAAGUCCAAAUCGCGAGCUGCACGCAAGAAUACGAUGUCAACCGAUUAUCCGCGAGAAGAUCUGACAUUGUCUGGAUUCCUCAACUUCAUCGACGGGCUUUGGUCGAACUAUGGUGAUGAGCGGAUCAUAAUUUUCACGACGAACCACAAGGAGAAGUUAGACUCAGCCUUAUUGCGCCCGGGGCGAAUGGACGUGCAUGUUCACAUGUCCUAUUGCACCCCUUGCGGAUUCAAGCUUCUUGCUUCUAAUUAUAUUGGGAUCAACAGCCAUGAGCUAUUUGACCAAAUUGAGAGUUUGAUUGCUAUGGCUAGAGUCACUCCGGCCGAAGUAGCGGAGCAAUUGAUGAAGAGCGAUGAACCGGAGGUUGCCCUUCGAGACAUGGUUUCCUUCCUCGUUAAUCACAAGAGAAAAGAAAAUGAAGAAGUCGUUGAGGUGAAAAUUUGUCAGUGUCAAUUUGUUCAAGAAAAUGGAGGGAGUGGAAAGGAGAACGGAAGUUGCGAACUAAUUGAAAAAUAAAUAGUAAGUAACGAAUGUGUUGGUAUUUUCCUGUCGAUUUUAUUCAAACUUAUAUACUAAGAAAGACGAUAUGC